CCUGAGGAGCUGCGCAUGCGCGGCGCGGCGCUCGGAGUUGCUCUCGCAGUCCCUUUUCCCGCCCGCUUCCUCCGUCCUGGGAUGGCGGCGGCGGCCCUGGCGGCCCUGGCCUUGCAGGGGGAGCUGGCCCAGGCCGUGGCUUGCGCGCGGGUGCUGGUGGUGGGCGCCGGCGGCAUCGGCUGCGAGCUCCUCAAGGACCUGGUGCUCACCGGCUUCGCCCACAUCGACGUGAUUGAUCUGGAUACCAUUGAUGUCAGUAAUCUCAACAGGCAGUUCUUGUUUCAAAAGAAGCACGUUGGAAGAUCAAAAGCUCAGGUUGCCAAAGAAAGUGUGCUACAAUUUCACCCCCAAGCUAAUAUUAUUGCUUAUCAUGACAGCAUUAUGAACCCUGACUAUAAUGUGGAAUUUUUUCGUCAGUUCACCCUAGUUAUGAAUGCCUUAGAUAACAGAGCUGCCCGUAACCAUGUGAACAGGAUGUGUCUGGCUGCUGAUGUCCCUCUUAUAGAAAGUGGGACUGCGGGCUAUCUUGGGCAAGUCACAGUUAUCAAAAAGGGAGUGACAGAGUGUUAUGAAUGUCAUCCUAAACCAACCCAGAAAACAUUUCCAGGCUGUACCAUUCGGAACACUCCUUCUGAACCCAUCCACUGCAUUGUGUGGGCAAAGUAUUUAUUCAACCAACUGUUUGGAGAAGAAGAUGCUGAUCAAGAGGUGUCUCCUGACAGAGCUGAUCCUGAAGCUGCUUGGGAGCCAGCAGAAGCUGAGGCCAGAGCAAGAGCCUCGAAUGAGGAUGGGGACAUUAAGCGUGUUUCAACCAAGGAAUGGGCUAAAUCAACAGGCUACGAUGCAGUUAAACUUUUCACCAAGCUUUUCAAAGAUGACAUCAGGUAUCUGCUAACAAUGGAUAAGCUCUGGAGAAAAAGGAAACCUCCUAUUCCUCUGGACUGGAAUGAAAUACAAAAUCAAGACAACAGCACAUCUAAUCAGCAGAAUGAGUCUCCUUUGGGCCUCAAGGACCAGCAGGUUUUAGAUGUAAAGAGCUAUGCACAUUUGUUUGCUAAGAGCAUAGAAACCCUGAGAGUUCAACUGGCAGAAAAAGGUGAUGGAGCUGAGCUUGUAUGGGAUAAGGAUGACCCUUCUGCAAUGGAUUUUGUCACUUCUGCUGCAAACCUCAGGAUGCAUAUCUUUAGCAUGAACAUGAAGAGCAGAUUUGACAUCAAAUCAAUGGCAGGAAACAUUAUCCCUGCUAUAGCCACUACCAAUGCCAUAAUAGCUGGUCUGAUAGUGCUGGAGGGUCUAAAAAUUCUCUCAGGAAAAAUUGAGCAGUGCAGAGCGAUCUUCCUGAAUAAACAACCUAACCCCAAAAAGAAGCUGCUUGUUCCAUGUGCUCUGGACCCUCCAAAUCCUAACUGCUACGUUUGUGCGAGUAAGCCAGAAGUGACAGUGAAACUCAAUGUCCACAAAGUCACUGUUCUAACACUGCAGGAUAAGAUAGUGAAAGAGAAAUUUAAUAUGGUAGCGCCUGACGUCCAGAUAGAAGAUGGAAAAGGAACUAUUCUCAUCUCUUCAGAAGAAGGAGAAACUGAAGCAAAUAACCACAAGAAGUUGUCAGAAUUUGGGAUCCGAAAUGGCACUCGGCUGCAAGCAGAUGACUUUCUGCAGGAUUAUACCCUACUGAUCAAUGUGCUGCACAGCGAAGACCUUGCGAAAGAUUUGGAGUUUGAAGUUGUUGGCGAUGAAAUCAUUGGUCCCAAAUCAUCAGAACAGCCCACAAGAAAUAUCACCAAUGGAAGUGAUGAUGGGGCCCAGCCCUCAACAUCCACAGCUCAAGAUGAAGAUGAUGAAGAUGUUCUGAUUAUUGAGACUGAAGAAGGUCCAUCAAAGAAUGCUGAUGACACAGAAGCUAAGAACCGCAAGAGGAAGCUUGAUGACAAAGAAUACACUGGUGCGAAAAGAAUGCGUUCUGAGCUGCCAGAUGACAAACAGGAUGAUGUGAUAGCCCUGGACUGAGAGCUGCCAUGCCAGAGGGUGUGCCAAAAGGCCAGUGGAAGGGAGGUGAAAUGUCCAGAACUAGCUGUAUCAGCCCCUGGUUUGCAGAAUCUCUGCCACCAUCAUUCCAUAACAUUUAGAUCUUCCCCAGUAUGCUAUUUUGAAUAUCCUGGACUAGCUUAUCAAUACUUAAGCAGUCACAAAAAUGAAGUUCCCUAUAAUGUUUGAAAGAUGAAUUGGAAAUGGAAAACAAGGGAACCCCAGAUUUGUGGAGAGGGUUUAUCAGUUGGUCACUUUUCAGAACAUUUCAAUUCUGGCUAAAAAGAAAAAAAAAAUCCUAGCCUAGUUCUUGCAAUUUCUCACACCUUCAGAGCAAAAUUUGGAAAACAAAGAUGAGUAGUGUUUCAAGUAGUCAUUUGACACUAUGUAUAUUACUGUAAAACAGUUUACUCCGUCAGCUGGUAGCACCCGCUGUGUCAAAAGUGGAUGUUGAUGUACUGUCAGUUUCAGAUUAUUUAUACGGGAUGUUCUGUAAAACUUAACUGCUACUCUACCAGGCAUCUGAUGGACCAAAUAAAUACAUUGGCUGUAAGCUACAUCUGUUUGCACAAACCACCUGUGUGCUGACAUGAGGAUUUGUAAAGUGUCUUUAUACUUAAUACUGUACUAAUUUUGAUCUUAAGCAUCUACAAACAUACUGCAGGGCUUUUGAAAAGCAUCCUUUGUUGGCAUUGAAAAGGGAGGGGUUUUUUAAUAAAAUUUUUUGUCACUGAU